AUGUUCCCUAUCCCUGAUACAGAGCCAUGCAAUCGGCCUGCUAAACUCAGCGAUUGGACGUUUUACCGCCGCUUGGAAGAAAAGUCGAGAGACAUUGACCAGGACUGGAAGAAAUAUAAGGGAGGAUCUACUUGCCGUAGAAGGGAUAUGCUCCUAGCUCUUUCUUUGGAUGCGUGGACUACAUACCUAUGGAGUCUACAGAAGUUUGAGUCUUCGCAAAUUCAGACAACGGAUACUACGACGACAUGCGUUGAAAGGAGCAUUCUGGCUUUCUUCUUGGUCCCGUUCUCGACCCAGCUCGUGACCGAGUGUUCGAAGAAGGAAGUUAAACGGGUCGGCUUUGCUUCGUGGGAACAAUACAAUGAGUACAUCAAGGCGCUAGAUUCAGCUAUGACAAAGAUUUAUAAUACUAUAGAUACCUGGGCCUGCCGGCACGAAAUUUCGGAUAAGAGUAUGACUUACCAUACUCUGUUUCUUCGGAAAGCAGAAGAUGUCCGUGCGAAGGCCCCGCAACUGGGGCGUCUCAAUGCUAUGUUGAAGGCUACGACCCCGGAUAUUGGUAAACCUGUCAAAGAAUUAAUAGCGGGAUUGAAGCUGCGGGCUACUAUCACCAAGACCCUGAUGAAGUCAUUUGGGGACGAUAACAAGUCACAAGAAGAAAAGGAUGCUAUUAAGAAAUUUUGUGAUAUAGUAGAUGACGGGACCCUUCCCAAGUUCCCACCCGCUGAUGAUGACCCGGUGUUCCCGUUCCCGUUCCUGGGUGGGGCUCCAGAGCGUUAA